CUUUCUCCCUCCUUGAGCGCAUCAACAAGCUCUGAUCCAUAGGUGGAAAGCAGAGAGAUCUUCACAGACAAGAGCACAGAAAUGUAACAAUUGCGAGUGGAGAGAAGAGCUGAAAAGGGGGGGGAUUUUAAGGAAAACGAAGGCAUCAGACUCUACAUUAUUAAGGAGGAUUUGAGGAAUCUGCGUUUGUAAUCCGACAUCAGAGGCGGAAUGUGAAUCCAAAUAACUUAUGUUAAUAAGAGAUUUUAACGACUGUGAUGCGAUUUGAACGGCUCUAAAGCACCGAGAAAAGAAUUUUUAGGUUGGCCUCUUGAAUUUAAACAUCUGUCGUUUUGGAGGACUGCUCGUGUUCACCGUCGACCUGCCCCCAGAACUGAUUUGCAGAAUCUAUGGUCAUUUGCGCCUGAAGAGGAGUUGCCUAUCAGAGGUUGUAUCGGACUACUGUGCGUUUGUGCUCAUCACACACACAAACACACACACACACUGGAGUUAUCAUUAUUUCGGACUGAGGGGAUGCUUUUGGUGCGUCUGUUUCGUAACGAUUGUCGCCUAAUUUCCCAGACCCGACUGAGGUCUGCCAGACUCGGUGGAUAAGGAGAUUAAUGUUUGUUGUUAAUGUUUAUCACAUCCACGGCAGUCUGCAAUGCAACUCAAUACAGUGGUUCGCAAGAAAAUCCUGAGGAGUGACAACUGACAUUCACACGACAAGCCACGGAAGCUCCGGAUCAACUUCAAAACUAAAGCGCACAAGUUUGAAGUCUGGAAUAUAAGAAUAGAUGAUUCUCAGAGGACAGAAGACGAAAUACACCUAGGCCUACAACAUGUUCAAAAGGGGCUGUGGACUAGAGUUCCUGCUGGUUCUCUGUGGGCUCGAGUUUUCCUGGUCCUGCCCCCGUCACUGUAUCUGCUACACUGCACCCACCACCGUCUCCUGCCAAGCCCACAACUUCCUCUCAGUCCCUGAAGGCAUUCCUCCUGACAGUGAGCGCAUCUUCUUACAGAACAAUAAGAUCCAUCGCUUACUUCAGGGCCACUUCAGCUCCAACACGGUCACCCUCUGGAUCUACUCCAAUAACAUCACAUACAUUGAGCCCUCCACCUUCCACGGCUUCACGCUGCUCGAGGAACUGGAUCUGGGAGACAACCGCCACCUGCGCUCCUUGGCUGAAGACACCUUUCACGGGCUGAGUCGGCUCAAUGCGCUACACCUGUACCGUUGUGGGCUAAGUUCACUUCCUAAUAACAUCUUCCGCCUCAGAAACCUGCAGUAUCUCUACUUGCAGGAUAAUCACCUGAAAUUCCUGCAGGAUGACACAUUUAUGGACCUCCACAACCUAAGCCACCUGUUCCUGCAUGGAAACCGUCUGCGGAGUAUUAACCAGAACACCUUCAGAGGCCUUCGAGCCUUGGACCGACUGCUUCUGCACCAAAAUCAGAUCGAGUGGGUUGAUCGCUUGGCCUUCCACGACCUGAAACGUCUCACCACUCUAUACCUGUUCAACAACUCCCUGAUAGAGCUGUCCGGACAGUGCCUGGACAUGCUGCCCGCCUUGGAAUAUCUGCGCCUCAACGACAACCCCUGGUCAUGUGACUGCAAGGCCCUGUCGCUAUGGGAGUGGUUGAAACGUUUCCGAGGUUCAACGUCUUCAGUGGGUUGCCAGGCGCCGGCUGAGAUGAUUGGGAAAGAUAUAAAGGAGCUGCGCAAGGAGGACUUUCCUAAUUGUUCGCCAACUGUACCUAAUUCUGAGUCCAGAGCCCAGACUAACAAUCUAUCUGGUACGGUGAAUCCGUCUAUGAAUCGUGGUGUAGCAGUGGGCUCUGGAGGGCAGACCCACAUAGUACACCCCUCAAGGCCCGGCCGUUCUCGGAACUGCACAAAGCCUCGUAACAGGGUGAGCAAGGGAAAGGGUGACAAUGAAGUUCACCACUCAAAGGAGGUCAUGACAGACAAGGAGGAUUCCUCCCCAGAUUUCACAGAUGGGGGGAAACAUGAUCACACGUCCCCCGAUGGCACCAUCACACGGAGGAAGCACAAGUGCACUCCCCGGACCACUGUUCGCCCCCCUAGUGGGGUUCAGCAAGCCAACAAUAGGGCAACAUUAUCCCAGUCCUUACUUCAUGUCUGUGUCCUCCUUAUGGCCUUGAUAACGACAAAUAUUGACUACAUUUUCCGUUGACCUUCAAAGUUUUUAGCAAAUGCUAAUCACAAAAAAACACAGCCCUCAGACCCUCUCUUGCUCCUGCACUACAAGGCCUGUGUGUCUUUUAUGUGUGUGUGUGUGUGUGUGUGUGUGUGUGUGUGUGUGUGUGUGUGUGUGUGUGAUUAUAUGUGUAAAUGUUGCGUAGGGAGCUUUACUGUUCAGACUGAUACAGGCAUCAAAGCAUUAAACAUCUACAACAGAAAGACUCGCAGCAAAAAAGUUGGAGGGACUGAGAGUGGGAGAAUGAUGAAAAGUUAUUGCAGACCAAGCUUGCACUGCCACUUAUGCCAAUAUGAUUUCAUUUUCAUAUGUCUUGGUAUCUUAUAUAUUUUUUAACUUCUUUUUUCACUCAACUGGAGCUCAGAUAACCAAAAUUUGGUGAAAAAGAGGAAGAGAUGACAGCACAAAUGAGGUAAAACUUGUUAGCUUGUUAGCCCUGAGACUAGCUAGGUCUUCGAGUGCUCCAUCCAGCUUUAAUUUCUAGUUCACAGUUUGUAAAUUGUUAUCAUGAAAGUAAAAAUGGAAAGUCAAUGAUUCUGUAAAGUCUACAAUGUCAGUCCUAUCUUGCUCUCAUCCUUUCUGCCAAGUGUAUAUUUCUGUUGCAUCCUUUGCUAACAACAGGUCCAAACAAUUGGUUUCUCAUAAACAAAAAAGGAAAGUGUAAGCAUGGUAAUAAAUGGUCAUUCAGUAUUAAACAUAGGAAUGUGCCAUUCUCACAACACAAUGGAAAUCUAUAGACACAUAUGUUUUAAGGCUAUAAAGAGAGCAACCAGUUAGUUCAUGAAGUUGUAACAACUAUUCUACAUAAUGCUGGCUUUUUCCAGGUGCUGUACCAACCUUUCUGCCUAUUUAACAAUACACAUAACUCUGCUUCCGUCUUCAUUUACAGCACUUCACUCCUUCUGUGCAACUGAAUACUAAGCUGCUAAUUGUUUCAAGAUGACAACGACUGCCAUGAGCUAUUUCCAUUGGCUUGGAAAACAAUGUGUGUCUCUGGGAGAUCAAGCUGUGAAUAUUGAGUCUGUCUAUACCUUGUGUCAGAUGUUGUUCAUUUGAUUUUUGUAAGACACAAAAUGGACCUAGAGAUGGAUUCUGCAGGGCCAACAGGAGCCUUAGAGGUCAAGGGUCAAACGGGGCUUUCUCAGUUUCCCAGUGAGGUUGUGCUGAACUGAUCCCUCCUCAGUGAGGGCAUACCUUCCUCAAUGAGAAUGUGAGGAACACAAUUUUUUUUAUUCACUUAACUUUAAAGGAAUACAAGAACAAGACUCGACAAAAAAACAUGUGUGUCUAUCUUAAAUGACUCAUGAGAUCAAUGAAAGAUGAAAAAAACAUUUUGAAUGGAGCAUGGUGAAACAGGGGUCAUGCUGAGAGUAUGCCUGUUAAUUAACUGAUGUGAUUGUCCAUGAAUAUGGGUUUCCAAGACCAAGACAAUCGCUUCUGAAGUAACAAGGGGAUGCAGUUCAAUGCAGAUUGACAGAUGGACAAUUACGGGCCAUCUUGCUGUACUUCUGGAGCUUUUGUGCCUCCGUUAAAUGUAUUGAUAAGAUGGUGUUUAGAUCAAUGAUGUGAACUGUACCAGUAACAAUGGAGACAAGAGGACUUCUUGCAGUGCUGAUAUUAAUCAUUAACUGUAUACUAUGAGAAAAACAAUAUCAGUGAAAUCAAUGAUGAUAACAGGGUUUUCUGCUCCUCCUGUCAGGAGGAGUCUUUUGAUUUUUGAUUUUCUGGUGAUUUGUUUAUUUACAUAUUUUUCAUGUUAUAUUUUUAGAACCUUUAAUUGUUAAUGCACAAUUCCUCACCUCCCUAUUUCUUGUCCUAGUGUAUGCCUAUUCAUCUUCUUUCUUUGCCAUAAUUCAAUUGUUCAGUAAGUUAACAUCAGAAAACAGUACAAAAAUGUUUAUAAAGAUAUUAAAAUCUAUAUCUUCUUAUGUCUA